AUGGAUAAGGAUGUUGAUGCAUGUAUGGAGAAAUUGAACAAAAUGGAAUGGGGAGAAGAAGAUGAAAGACACAAAACCGCUCUUUUGUUAUUUGGUGAAAGUGCCGAUGUUAGGAAAGUUUGGUCAAGUAUGGUUUCUGAUGGUGAAGUUAUAGCUUUUCUUUUACUUGUGUUUUAUUGGUUGAGGUCAAACCGGCGCAGGCUAAUUAGAAUCCAUACAAUUAGAGAUAACGAUUCAAGCGGGUAUGCGUAUACGCAAGAUUUGAUGUACGGAGACCCUACACAAUGUUUCGAUAUGAUGCGUCUUACACAAGAUGCAUUUGCUUUAUUAUGCAACCACUUUACCCAAAAAAACUGGUUGCAAGCUAGUAGGACAAUAAGCAUUGAAGAGAAGAUGGCUGUAUUCUUACAUGUUAUAGGACAUAAUGAACGUUUUCGCGCGGUUAAGGGAAGAUUUCAUCACUCCACACAAACGAUUCAUCAAUGUUUUCACGAGGUCCUAACAGCAAUGAUGUAUUUUGCAAAAGAAAUUAUAGUACCAACAACUCCUAAUCCAACAAGACAUAACUCGGAACGACAUAGACGGUUAAAAAAUAUUUUUUCCGGAGCAAUAGGUGCAUUAGAUGGAACUCUUGUACAUGCGGUUGUACCUGUUGAUCAACAAACUCGUUAUAAAGGAAGAGGAAAAGGAGAAUAUAAAUAUUACCUUUGUGAUGCCGCAUAUACAAACACUCGUGGAUUUAUGGCUCCAUACCGCAAUACUAGGUAUUGGUUAGCCGAUUUUCGAAGAGGCAGACCUUUAACUAGAGAAGAAAGGAAAUACAAUAUAGAAGAUGACUUGUUUAGAAAUUUUGAGGAGGACACUAUGGUUACUCCUGACGUCCAAGGUGGAGGAAUUGAUAGAGAAAACAUACAAGGCAUAGAAUGGGGUCCAGAAGCCGUUGAACAUAUGCGUGUUUUGCGUGAUCAGAUUGCAAAUCGACUACUUUCACCUACUUUACAUUAA